AAUGAGUAGAACAAGAACGGAGCGCUAAAACCCCGAUGCUAACCCGAUGCUAACGCAGUAAACAUCCAUGCAGCGCCAGAUGACGAGCGUUAGCUAGGACCCGCUCGGUGGACCGACUGACGGCUCGCCUCCGCUCAGCAUCACGGACCGCUGUCCGCGGCCAGGGAUGCACAGCGCGCUGUUUACUGUGUGAAGCCUCUCGCAGCGCUGAGAAUGCUGAAAAUGAAGCUACCGAUGAAAAUGGGCGAGGAAGGAGGCGACGAAACGGCCGAAGACAACUCAUUGGAUCUGUCGGAGCACCGACAUUUCCCCAGGGCGGUACCUCCUGCUUCGGUGUCCGACGGGCUGGAUGAGUCGACAAGAGCCAGCGUGUAUCCAACCCAGCUGGACAAGGAGACUGUGUUUGAGUGGUUUGGCCUCCAUCUAAACCCCGCUAAGCGGAUCGAGUUCAUGUGCGGGCUGCUGCAUAUGUGCCAACCGCUGGAGCUCCGCUUUUUGGGAUCCUACUUAGAAGACCUCGCAAGGAAAGAUUACCACGUCUUAAGAGACUUUGAGUUCCGGGCCAAUAGUCCGAGCGACUUGGGGGUUUUAACGGACGUGGUCGACCCAGUGGUGAGGUCCAAGCUCCUGGUCUGCCUCUCCCUCCUCGGCUCUGACAGCAGGGAAUGUGCUGGAAUACUCUUUCGGAUACUGAGCCAUGUAGAUCCGGCCUUGUUCUACACAAACUACGACUGCUCCCUCCCUCCGUUCGGGGAGCCUCGCCACCACCCGCUCCGUCCACCGUGUCGGGACGGGGACGUGUACGGGAGGUCGCAGCAGACCUGCGGCUCCUCCGCCAACGAAACGACGGCGGGACCUCUGGAGCAGCUGGCGCUCCUCUUCGCCAUGGCCUCACUCCACCCGGCUUUCCACUUCCACCAGCGGGAGAUGGUCCGCGGGCAGCUUGACAAAAUAGAGCUCGCUAUAAAGGAGGAGGAGAGGCGUCUCAGCCGACCCCGAAUAAACGCCCAGAUAACGGUGCUGACGGGUCAGAAGGCGGAUUACCUGCCCUCCCCCGUGCUGGGUUUGGGGGAAUGUGCAGCGUCCCAUCUGCCCUGCCAGAGCCGCCGCUCCAGCCGCUGGGCAGCACAAAGAGAAGCCGUGCACAUAGAGGGCAUUGUGCUCAGGGGCAUCUCUCGGACCAGAUUGGACAAGGAGUAUAAUUUUGAGGUCAAGUGGUCCGACUCUUCCUUGAGCAGUGUGACCAAAACUCAUCUGGAACUGGAGAACUUCCUUCUGAAGCUUCCUAAGGACAAGUGCACCGAGUCUUUUGAGAAGGGCAUCCUGAGGCUUCUGAACCAGGGGGGCCGCAACGAGAGCAGGGAGGUGGAGAAGAACCUCAGGGAGAGGUUCCUUUCUGCUCCUCCUGUCUUCAGACAGACCAGAAAGGUCUGCAGCUUCUUCAACUGUGACUCCAGUUACUCUACAAACCCUACUUGCUGCAGAUGUCACUGCCAGCUGGGUAAAGCCUACCAAGGAGACUGUUCUGAUGCUUCCAGUCAGGAGGAAGAUAUGGAGUCGUACGCUCAGGGACACAAGAAGAAGCUCGGGACCAAGAGUCCGUGUCCAAGUCUCUCUAGUGCCAGGGGCCCCCAGGGGGAUAGUCGGAGGGGGGGCCACGCUGCAGAGCUUAAUGGUCCAGCAGAGAGAAGGAAGAGCUGUCCACUGAGGAGCGGCCAGGAGGCUGAACAGCAGCAGGACUCUGAGAAGAGAAGUCACCCGUGCACUAAAACCAACAGGGACAAAGGGAACGGCAGGUUGGUGCUAGCCCUGUCGCCCCCGAGGCACGAUGGGGGUUCUGGUCUGGAUACCUUUGGUGAAACCUCGUCAGAAAGCUACAGCUCUCCCUCCAGCCCUCAACACCCAGGACCAGAGAGCCUGGAUAGUGAGGAUGACAACAGCAAAGAUACAGACAGCCACUCUGAUGACUCAAGCAAAGGUCAGGGUCCUGACAUGUUCUUCGCCCACCAGACUGAUGCAACUGUGGUGGGGGAGAUCUCUGUCCACUCUCUGUCUUCCAAAGUCCACCAGGCUCAGGCUGAGCCGCUCUGCCCAGAGACCGGCACAGAUUUCCCCCCUCUCUCGGUCAUGCAUUCUCUGCCCUAUGUACUCCCUAACGGGGCUGCUGAGUCUCCACUUCCUCUGGUCCCUCCUCCCAGUCAAAGUAUCGUCCCCGAUGGGAAGCCCCCGCCUGGGACUCUGAUGAUGCAGAUACCUCUAGUGCCUCCAGCUGUCCUAGGCCCUGGAGUUGUGGGAGCCCUGGAGAAGAGGGAUGUCUUCCCAACCUUUGGGAUUCCACCUAUCGGCCUCCACCCUUCAGGAAGUCCUGCUGUGCAGCCUCUGGUUCAGAGGUUCAAAACAGCCAUGUCUCACAGCCAUGGUGGCACUGAUGGAACUCCAGGGAGUGCUUCUAAUCCUGCUGCUCCGCAGGCUUCCCACCAUGCUCCUGUAAGAGCCAUCAGUAUCCUGUCUCCUGGCCCGACAUCCUUCUCCUCACCUCUUCAGCCCUGCCAAGACCCGACCAGUGUGAGCUCAGGCCUGGCCUCCUCUCUGCCUCACGUGGAGCCUUUACAUGCCAAGCACCCCGGCUUAACAUUACUGUCCAGCCUGCCUUCUCCCUACAGUCUGGCACCUGUUCCCACCUCUGUCGUGCCCACUGCAGGAGCACCUGCAGCCACGGGAAUGGCUCCAUCUCCUGGACACGUGCAAGCAGCUGUUCCUCCAGCUGUGCCCACUCACACCCCUGGCCCCGCCCCCAGCCCAGCGCUCGCCCGCAGCACAGCACACAGCGACUGUACGUCCUACAGCAACAGCAGUGCGCCCUGUGGGAAUGCCCCGGUUGUCUCUGGCAACCCUGUUGUGCUUCAGCAAACCCAGCAGCAACAGUUGCCCCCCCAGCAGCCAACACCACCGCAGCAACAACAACAACUACAACAGCAGCAGCAGCAACCGAUGGGCUGUGGGACCUGUGGGUGUCACAACAACUGUGGUGGCCGAGGCAGCAUGGGUAACAACAACGGGGUCAGCGGUGCUCCCGGCUGCCAGGCCCCCUUAUUCUUCUCCCACCAGAUGGCAGCAGCACGCCAGGUGUUCAGCGUUCCUCCGCCUCUCUUCCAACUCACAAGCCUGUGCAGUAACGGCUUCCUCACACAGACCCAGCCUCCUCACCAGGCCAACGGGGCUGCCACUCUGCCCCCAUUCUUCCCCACUGCUCCGCCUCCUGCACACCCGUCCCCCUACGGCCCCCUCCACACUCACAGCCACGCAGACUUGCCGUCACAUAUGCUGGGCACCCAGGCUGCAGCGGCGGCGGCUGUCGCAGCUGCAAACUACAACCUCCAGCAGCAGAUGGCGCCGGCGGCAUCGUUCUGCCAGCGCGUCUACCAGCACGUGUACCCAAACCCCUUGGGGAUGCUGCCUGCCGCCGCACUGGGGGGAGGCGGAGUCAAUAAGAAGAGUGGGAAUGUGUCCUGUUACAACUGUGGAGUGAGUGGCCACUACGCUCAGGACUGCAACCAACCCUCUAUAGACUCCACGCAGCAAGGCAGUGCAGCUACCCGGAACAGGGAGAAACAGAGGACCCCGUAGACCCACAGCAGUCGUGGGCAUCAGAGAGUCCAACAUUCAGACUGAGAGGUCGGCCUCAUCCUCACGUGUGUUUUGAGUUACCUCCUUCCGUUUGGUUUAUGUGGCCAGAGGAGAAGUCGUGCCACUGGACAUUAACAUGGCACCAGAAUACUAGCGUGGUUAUCUUCCAGGAGACCUUUGUGCCAGAGAAGGAAAAACAUGGCAGAAAGCCAACGGGGACACCUGAUGGAAGCAUACAUCUCAUCCUCAUCUUUAAGUCGUAAUGUGCGGAGCACUGCCCCCUGUAAAUGUUCCUUUUCUUCUUCCAUUGGGCACAACCCUGGGCCAGUCUCUAAGCGCGUCCCUUAUCACGUCUCCCCCGUGGAUGACACAGUUCCCAUCCAUUUGGUUACCCCGUCAAAGGGGAUGCCAAAUCAGCUCCUCCACAGUGAACAGUAACGUCAUGUUGACGCCGUUGGUAGCGGACACGAUGUUUGAGUAAUGGCAGGCUCGUGACCCUCAGGCAGGUACCAACCCCUCCUCUCAGUUUGAAUGAGGUGAGUUUAGGAAGUCACAUGACCUUCACUGACCUUCAGUAAUGUUCAGACUGUCCACUGAUUGUAUCUCCUUUGUGUGUCUGGAUGCAUCUACUUGUGUGUUGGUGUUCACCUAAAGUAUGCAGCCUCCCACAUUUCAAAUGUACUUGACAAUGCUGAUUGAAGAAGAUGAUGAAGAGAGGACGAAGAGGAGUUCUUCUAGUAUUGCGGGGGCUUUUGUCUGCCCCCCCCCUUCAGGAAAAGAACCACCUAAAGGAAGUGAGCUGUCUUCAGGGGCUCAGUGGAGAGGAGUCUCUGUGCCGUCACCCCGUUCCUUUUAGUUUGUCGUUGAUAUGUUUGCACUGAGGGCUGGAAAUGAUUAACUUAUUAUUUAAUUAUUGGGAAGAGAUUUUGAGGAUUGUUUUUGUUUUUACAUUAAAGAGCAGACUAGUUUCAGCUGAAAAAUUCUUAAACACUAUCUAUUUCUAAAACGGCAUAUUUAUUCUUUUCCCUCAUUAUUAUUGUUCACAUAGCAUUUUAUUGUCGGAGAGAAUUGUACAUUUGUUUUCAAAUAUUAAAUCAAAGAAGUAAUGUAAAUGGAUUCCAUGUUGGUUGUUACUCUUUCCAUUUAGUUAGAAGGUUUUCUCAUUUAAGGACUGACUGUAGAAUUCUGCAUUUCUGCCACUUAUGUUGUGUUUGAUGUCAUUGCUGCUUUUUAUUUCUUUAUUCUUUUUCAAGUGGUUCUACUUGAAAUGCACCAAGUGCACUACACGUCUGCACAGGCAGUGAGGAGUCUUUAAUGUCCACUCUCCAUAUGAACAUGAAACGGUCAAAUCAAUCCGCUCAUACUGAUGUAUAUUGUCGUCUAGUAUUUCAGGUGUGAAACAGCUUUUUAUGGCUCAUAUUUCAGAGUGGUGAGAGCUCCGGAUGCACGAUGUCUAGGGAGCGUUUACAUUGUUUAAAUGUAGGACCAUUAAUAGAGAAAUGGAGUCGAGGGUUGACAGAAACAUAAGUUCUACAGACUCAUGGGAACAUUUAUUACAUGAUGGUGAUGUGUGUGUGUGUGUGUGUGUGUGUGUGCUUGAUAUGUUCAUACAAUUAGUUGUGUGUCUCAUCCAGAGUGAAUAUUUCAUUUAUGGAAGUGAAAACAGGGAAAUCACUGUUAAUGAACCUGAAAUCUCCAUGUUUGUAGUUUUUUCUUACAUAACUGUUGAUGACAUCUUGUGGACUGAGAUCCCUCAUGUCAAUAACAACAUGCAACACAUAUACUGUAUGGUUGAUUUGUUAUGAGCAGAAUAUGGAGACCCAACGUGUACAGUGUUAAAUACAUAAUAGAUUAAACAUAGUUGGCCAAAUCA